CAUCUGUAGUCACUGACUGAAAUGUGCUCCGUUUUCUUAUAGAAAGAUGCAACUAGCGUUCUAAGAAUGUUUAUUAUGUAAUGACACAAACUACAAUAACGAUUGUAGAUAAAAAUAAUGUCGCCAUCAUUUGAUGUAGAACAUGCUGAAUUAUUUUAAAACAAACCGAACAUUAACCUUACAUGUAUUAUUUAAUUCACAUAUAAAAUGAUAUACGUGCAGUAAAGUAGAAUGUUUAACUAGUAAUAAACUCUCCUGUUUAUUAUCUCCUAUAUUUCCUUAUGAAAAAAAUUUACAUAUGUAAUAUAUACUCCAAAAUCUUGUCUCAUAUUUCUAUUGUAUCUCUUAUCUAAUAUGGAACAAUGUACAAAAAAAUUAAAAUUGGAUAAUGAAACAAGCAUACCUCCUUCUACUAUAACAGAAGGGAAAGCAGAAAUUCUGGUAAACAAUACAAAUGUGUUUUACAACCCUGUUCAAGAAUUUAACAGGGAUCUUAGUGUGCUGGCAUUAAUGACAUAUGUAAAAGACAAAACUGAGCAAGUACUAGAAACAAAUGAAGAAAAACUGACUGGGAUCACUUUAUUGGAAGCCUUAUCUGCUACUGGUUUACGUAGUAUUCGCUAUGCUAAAGAAGUAGAGGGUAUAAAGCAAAUUGUAGCUAAUGAUAUAUCUGCGAAAGCAGUAGAAAGUUUAAAGAAAAAUAUAGAGCACAAUAAAGUUGAACAUAUUAUAAAACCAAAUCAAGAAGAUGCAACAUUAUUAAUGUACCAAUGCAGAAGGAACCGUUUUAAUGUAAUAGACUUGGAUCCGUAUGGUUGUCCUACACCCUUCUUGGAUGGAGCAGUUCAAUGUGUAUCAGAUGGAGGACUACUUAUGGUUACAGCUACAGAUAUGGCUGUAUUGGCUGGGAAUGUUCCUGAAACUUGUUAUCUUAAAUAUGGAGCUAUCUCGUUGAAAUCUAAAGCUUGCCAUGAAAUGGCACUAAGAAUCUUGUUACAAAAUAUUGCAACACAUGCUGGUCGUUACGGAAGAUACAUUAUACCGCUACUCUCUAUAAGCGCUGAUUUCUAUAUAAGAGUAUUUGUGAAGAUAUUUUCCAGUCAAAUUAAAUGUAAAGAGAAUGCUACCAAAAUAGGAAGGGUAUAUCAAUGCACAGGUUGUGAGAGCAUCACUACUCAACCAUUAUGCUACAAACAGCUUACCGGAGGGUAUAAAUUACUACAGUCACCUGGAACGGAUAAAUUCUGUUCAAUCUGCCAUCGCAAGCAGCAAGAAGGAGGACCUAUGUGGUUAGGGCCCUUGCAUGACCAACAAUUUGUCUCUACACUUUUAUGUAACUUAGAUGAUGUGGAGUUAAAAACAUCAAAAAGAAUUCACGGAAUCUUGAAUGUCGUUCGUGAAGAGUUGGAUGUUCCAUUGUAUUACACUAUCGAUCGUUUAAUGUCAAUAGUCAAAUGUAUUACACCACCAAUGUUAGUAUUUAGAUCUGCAUUGUUGAAUGCAGGUUUUAAUGUAUCAUACUCGCAUGCGUGUAAAACAUCUAUAAAAACAGAUGCACCGAAUUCUGUUAUAUGGGAUAUUGUACGUGCAUGGGAGAAACGGAAUCCUGUCACCCCAAAUAGAUUGCCAGAUAAUAGUCCUGGAAAAUGGAUAUUAGAGAAACCAAUAGAUACAGAUGUUUCAUUUGAAUAUCAUCCUCUAGCCAAUCCAGUUUCCAGACAAAAUAAGUUGACUCGUUUUCAGCAAAAUCCUAUCGUUAAUUGGGGACCUGGUACACGCGCAAAGACAAGAAUUAAUCUAGUAAGUGAAACUGAGACUUCGAAAAAGAUAAAAAAUCAAAAUAAGAAUUCUAAGAAAGAAAAAGCUCAAAUAACGGAGAACAGCGAAGGGGAGAAAGCUGUAUUUACAAUGGCUGCACCAACACUUACUUUAAGUAAUGGACAAAAGGUUCCAGUGUUAGGACUUGGUACUUGGCAAGCCGGAGACGAUCCGAGCGUUGUUGAGCAAGCUGUGCGAGAUGCCGUCGACGCUGGAUACAGACAUUUCGAUUGCGCUUACAUCUACGGUAACGAGAAAGAAAUCGGUAAAGCAUUGCGAGAAAAAAUCAAUGAAGGAGUUGUGAAAAGAGAAGACUUAUUCAUUACAACAAAGCUAUGGAAUACAUCCCACAAAAGGGAACAGGUGGUACCAACAUGUAAGAGAUCAGUCCAAAAUUUCGGAUUGGGUUACGUGGACCUUUAUCUUAUUCACUGGCCCGUAUCUUAUGACGAAAAUGCCAAAGGUCUGUGGCCAGUGGAUGAGAAUGGUAAGCCCUUGUCUGGGGACGCUGAUUACGUGGACACGUGGCGUGGUAUGGAAGAAUGCGUGAAAUUAGGAUUAGCAAAAAAUAUAGGGCUUAGCAAUUUCAACUCGAAACAGAUUGAACGUGUGUUAUCGGUCGCCGAGAUUAAACCUGUUAUGAAUCAAGUGGAAUGUCACCCGAACUUGAAUCAAAAGAAGUUACGAGAAUUCUGUGCGAAACGUGGUAUAACUAUUACCGCUUAUAGCCCUUUUGGUUCGCCUAAACGAACUUGGAUCAAACCUGGCGAUCCACAAGUUACCAUCGAAGCGCCGGAAAUUGUUACGAUCGCUAAGAAAUAUGGAAAAACCCCUGCACAAGUUGUCCUGCGAUACUUGACACAAAUUGGUACUAUUCCCAUACCGAAAUCAAGCUCCAAAGAUCGCAUAAAACAGAAUAUUAACAUUUUUGAUUUUAACCUAACUCCGCAAGAAGUUGCAGCAAUAGAUAAACUCGAUCGCGGAGUUCGUAUAUGUCCAGCUGCAGAAAUAGGAGGUGCUUCAAUGCUUUGUAACCAGUUGAUAUCCAAGAAUAUUAGCGUUUUAGUGAGGAUCGGACUGAAAGAACGGAACGUUCAACGAACAAUUUUACCGCCUAUCAGAUUUUUCUUUAAAAAUUUCUUCAAAUUCCAACCUAAAAUGUCGCCAAUACCUAGUCUUACAUUUUCCAAUGGCCUCAAGAUGCCUGUUUUUGGCCUUGGUACGUACCAGUCAAAAGCGGGAGAGGUAGAAAAAGCCGUGAUGGAAGCUAUAGAUCUUGGAUAUCGUCAUAUAGACACCGCACAUUUUUACCAAAAUGAAAAAGAAAUCGGUCAAGCGGUUCAAGCUAAAAUCAAAGACGGCACCGUGAAAAGGGAGGAUCUUUUCAUUACAACCAAGCUUUGGAACAAUGCCCAUAAAGAAGAUAUGGUUGUUCCAACUUGCAAAAAAUCUUUGGAACUUCUUGGUCUCAGCUACGUGGAUCUCUAUCUAAUUCACUGGCCAUUUGCUUUUAAGGAAGGAGAUGAAUUGUUACCUAAAAAUGAAAAAGGUAUUCCUAUAACAUCAGACACGGACUAUCUUGAAACUUGGAAAGGAAUGGAACAAUGUGUGCAGUUAGGAUUAGCUCGUAGCAUUGGAGUCAGCAAUUUCAGCAUAGAACAAAUCACUCGUUUGCUUCCAGUAGCUAAAGUUCCACCUGUAAACAAUCAGGUCGAAGUUAGUGUGAAUUUAAAUCAAAAGCCAUUGAUUGAAUUCUGUCAGAAAAAUAAUAUCACUGUAACUGGAUACUCACCAUUGGGACAACCUGGAAACAAAGCCGGUGCACCGAAUUUCCUGGAAAACCCAACAAUUUUAGAACUCGCCAAAAAGCACAAUAAAACACCAGCACAAAUUAGUCUACGAUACGCGGUGCAACAUGGAAUCGCCAUUAUCCCGAAAACUGUAACACCCAGUCGACUGAAGGAAAACAUGGACAUAUUUGAUUUUUCCUUAUCAACUGAGGAAAUGAACUCUAUAGCAGCACUCGCUACAGGUCAACGCGUUGCACGAUUUAUAGACUUGAAGGACCACAAAUAUUACCCAUUCUAGAAGUGAAAGUUUCAUCGCGAACGGAUGGCAGGAAGCAGCUCAUCAGUUUCGGUGUAAAUUAAAUAGUAAGGCAUAUCCUCUUUGAACUUAUAUAAUCCCACGCUGCAAUUCGGCUCUCGUUUGACCCUUGUCUAUUCAAUUGGAUAUAUUGAACGCCAUGGAAAAUUUCGACGCUUCGUUUUGAAAUGACAUCAUACUAGCCUGCAAACAUAACAAAGCGGACACCGUUGCGAAUCAGGCUAAUUGCAUGUAACCAGUAUUUACAACGAUGACAGAAUGUACAAUUUCUGAGCAAAUAAAAUUGCAUCAAAACGUAGCUUUAUACGAUAACAUCUUCUAUUUUUUAAGAAACAAUCGUGUAUCGUUGCUUUUGCAACAGAAAACUUGUUGGAAACUUGCAAAUCAAUGUGUGUCAAGGUAUUCUAGAUACUGUAAAAGGACACUCGUGUUUCAAAUACAGGCUGUUAUCUGUAUACUAAACAGCAGAAAUGCGGUAGCGGAAAUGUAAUUAGUAAAAGAAAUUUGAAUACAAUUAAGCUUGCAGAUAAUAAAGUAAUAAAAAUACAUUGUUUCAUAC